AGUGGAACAAGAAAGGAUAUCAUGUGAAGAGACAAGGAUCUCUCCAGUAAUCCGUACAUCACAAAUUGCAUGGAAGCCACAACAAACCUGGAUCUGGGCCUGAGCAACAACAACUCAUCGUCUCUAAUCCUCUUUGGCCACAUCUCGCACAUGCGGUGUGCUCAAUUGGCCAAUGGCACACCCUUCGUUGUCCCAGGCAGGACAGCACAGCACAGCCGUGAUGUGAUGCUCCUGCAUGUCCGGACUCGAGCCGGAAGCCAGCUCCGAAUUGUCAACCCUUCCGGUCACCAGUCUCAGCAUGGCUCGUCGUAGCCUUAAAAUGGCCUGUGCUGCUCUCGCAUCUUGAACAACCUGCAAAGCUCCUCAUAACCCGAGCAGAGGCCUUGGUUCCAGGCCUCACUCUAAUUCACAAUAGAGUCCCUGCCUCGCAUAUUGUUCCCUUCUUAACUCAACAAGAACUCCCUGACCUUCAAGAUGUAUCCCGUCGACAUACUCAAUCGACGGCACGAGCGCUUCGUCCUCUGGAUCCCACGGUCCGGUAGCUCUGCUAUCCCACCCCCAGUCCUCGUGAUUGGGACCGCAAGCAGGAACCCUGACGCUUUUAACGAGAUCGGUCGGUUCCCUCUGGCUUCCUCGGGCACCAGGGUCGGACUGUGGGAGUUGGCCCUGGAGACGAUUUCGCCUAGUUUUCUCCAGGACGGAGUCUACCACUACUGGUUCCAAGUCCACGACACUUCUCCCGAGGACCGGGGUACUAUGCUGGUGGCAGAUCCGUUCGCCUUCACAGUCGCCUAUAGUGUGGCGACGCCAUCUGCAGAUAAUGCUCGGUACCAGCCUGCCUCUGUGAUCAAGCUGCGCGAUGGCAGACUCUGGAACUGCGACAUCGACGGCACCGAGCCUCAGUUGCCGUCCGCCACAGACCAAGCUAAGCUCCCCAGAAACAACCACCUAGUCAUCUACGAGCUGCCCACGUCGUGGGCCAAAGUCGGGAACGAUUCGCGCGGGCACGACGUGGAUGUGGGAACCUUUACUGACGUUCUUGCUCUCUUUAGCGCCGAUACUGCUGGUGACCGUUUCUCCUCUAUUGCGGCUGUCCGGGGUGAGGCUCUCCUUAGCAAGCUGGGCAUCAACGCUCUUGAGCUCCUUCCUGCCGCCGACGCAAAGGUCAAGGAUGAGUGGGGCUAUGCUACAGCCCACUACUUCGCUACCGAUUACGACCUAGGCUCGUCCGCGGACAUGUGUCGUCUCGUCAACACGAUCCAUGCCCAGGGCAUCCGGCUCUUUACCGACGUUGUCAUGGGUUUUGGACACGAUUCGUACAGCUACAUCGACUUUGGCAACUUCCACAUCCGCCCGACUUUGGAACGAGACAACCCAGACAGCUAUCAGUCCCAUGUGAGCGGACAGUUGCGGGACGGGUACGGCGGGAAUUCAUGGCGCUUCAUCCGCGCCGUCCAGUCCUACGACGCCGAGACAGGGGCCAGCAGCUCAACCGUCCAACCGGCCUGGGUGUUUCACCGCUGCCAUCUCGCCAGAUGGAUGAUGGAUUUUGGGGUUGACGGGCUCCGGCUCGACAGUGUGAACAACAUUGCCAACCACGACUUUGUGCGUUCCUACAAGGAGCGGUGCUGGGAGCUAUACAACGCUCGAUACGGCGGCUCCGCCGACCCGAGUAAGUUCCUGGUUAUCGGCGAGGAGCUCUCAAUGCCACUAUCAACUGUCCAUCAAGGCACUCUCAACUCGCUGUGGAAUGAGCUUUGGCAGACCCGCUUGCGAGCCGUCAUAUUGGGUGAGUCGGCGGGCGGCGACAACUUCGAGUGGACGGUUAGAAAGUUGGUGAACUGCAAGCUGGACAACAUCCACGGUACGAGUUUUGCCGACGGCGUCCAAGCCGUCAACUACAUCACGUCGCAUGACAUCGAGGGUUACCGCAAGGAGAGAUUGUACAACUUUCUUGUCAACAACGGCAUCUGGGACGUUGCAAAGAGGGCCAAGCUGGCGUUUGCGCUGCUGCUGACCAGUGUCGGCAUCCCCAUGAUUUUUGCCGGCGAGGAGUUUGCAGACCAGAUGGAUCGCAGCGUCGACUUGGGUAAGAAGCAGAGUGACCCCGUCAACUACUCACGCAAGAACGACGGCGGAUGGCGCCAGGCCUUAUUCAAAUAUGUCGCGACCCUUGUCAAUUUCCGGACGACGUGCCCUGCACUGGGCGAGGACGACACCAACUUUUUCCACGUCGAUAGCAGCCGUGGGGGGAGGAUCAUGGCCUGGCGCAGGGGCCGGGCGGGCGAUGGAAGGCUGCCGGUGGUUGCCGUCGCCAACUUCAGCAACGAGAACACGCCUGGGCAUGAAUAUCUCGUUCCCAACUGGCCAGACAGGAACCGCGCAGAUUGGAGAGAGGUUUCUCAGGGCCGUAGUGUCCCAGCAGAAUGGGUCGGACGCGAGCCGCUGAUGGCAUGGGAGGCAAAAAUCUACACGCGCUGGACUGAGGGCGGUUAAAGCCGGGUUGCGAGGGCUGGGGUGAAUGGUAUUCAGGUUUGCUACACGAUGCGAUGUUACAAUGCUUUCAACGCCGUGUCCUUCCGAAAAUGCCAUGCUCCAUUGGUUGAAACCAACUCGUAUCCAAGCACUCCCUCAAUCAGGGCCACGAUCAUUGGGGAUGUCACCGUGAAUUGAUUGGUGUACCUUGUCUCCUCGGUGUUGAGCGUCAGUCGGUCGAACAUCUCGCCCAGGCCAAAGGCAGACUGGUGGAGAGUGACCUGGACGGCAGGCGGCUUCAAGAGUGGUCAGCAGACGAGGAUGCAAACGGCGAGCGCAAUCUGAGCAACUUACGUUCCUUGUAUCGGCAUGGUUCACUCGACACCAACGCUUCAGGUAAUCCGCGAGGAGCUGCAGAGAGGGACUGUGGCUGCACUGCAACUCGAUCUCCUGGCGGCCAUGAGUGAG